AUGUGCAUGGUAAACCCAAAUUCGCGUGAACGCUACCAGUCAACCAGAAUUCUGACCACCAUUCUGGCCGCCAGACCAACCAGUCGGCCAUCGGCACAGAACCAACCACUCAUUGCACGAGAACUAGUUCCAAUCACACGCUCCCAGCCGUCCCACAAGACAACUCCCCCACGACAUCCACGACAUUGUCCUGUGCCAAACCCAGAACAUCGCUCAGGCGAGUCUCGCGUCGGUCCAGACCCGUCGCGGCCUGGACCGUCGCGCAUUCACGCUAUUGACGUGAAUGCAGAGCCUCCAACCGCCUUCCAUGCGUCUUUCUACCACUCCCCCAAUACCAUUAAUGAAAACCUCGUAUAUGAUGCAAAUAGUAUAGACGACAAAAGCAGUCAAGAUGGAAGCAAAUCUGCCAGCCAACACCUACACCUACCAUUUCCUGUCACGUCCAUCAAGACCUAUAAAUCCCCCAAACCUAACGGAUGUGUAGCACGAGCCAGACCUAUUCUAACUGUCGCACUCGUUAUUCUUUGCAUGUACUACUAUUACCCACUCGCAUUAUCGUGGCCUAAUAUAAUUUAUGCUAGGUAUAAUAUAUCCCACUCGGGAUAA